CACAGAAGAAGUGAAUAGUAAACAGUCUCGGACAUGGUCAUGACGAAAAUAGAUGUCACCGUUAUUUUGCACCAAAAUCAUAUUUAGUUUGUAUGCGGUUCUAUAACUCGUUUUAAAUUAGAGCUAAGUGUAUUUCCGAACUUUGCAAUCGGUUGAAUCUUAUGAUAUGAGUGAGCGUAUUGGCGUUUGCUAAUGUAGCUUAGCGUGUCGUAGCAUGUCCGUAACACUUGCGAUCGUCUGUCUAAUAUCAUGAAAACGUUCAUUUAGCCGUUGUUUUGUUAGGGCCUUUAGAGCGUGUUUUGCAAAAAUGAACGGCCAAACGGACGUCGAAGUGGACUACAAGAGGAAGUACAAAAACCUGAAGCGAAAAUUGAAAUUUCUAGUCUAUGAGCAGGAAUACUUUCAGGAGGAGCUGAGAAGGGCGCGGAGGAAACUUCUCAAAGUCUCCAGAGACAAAAGCUUUCUUCUGGAUAGGCUGCUGCAAUACGAACGGAUUGAUGAAGACUCUUCAGAUUCAGAUGCAACUGUUUCGUCCGACAGUGAAGGGGAAGGUAUCAGGGAGCGGGAAAGAGAACGGGAGGCAGCAAAGAAACGCAGGAUCAGUCCAGGAGCGUGUCUUCCAUCCUCCUCAUCCACUCACCUCUCUCUGCUGUCCAGACAAGGGGUCAACCCCCUGCAGUCGUCAGGCUCGGGACCCUACCUCCACACCAUGCCCUUCCCACCAGAAUAUUUGGCUCCCCCAGCUGAAAGAGUGAAGAAAGAGAAAAAAACAAAGACGACAAAAAACAAGAAAGACGCCACGGGGAAGGUUGUUGCACCGCUGUCAGCUAAUUACCCAUCAGCCCCUGCAGCCUCCUCAGCAGCAGGCGGGCCCUUCAGCUGGGUGCCCAGACAGAUGCUGAGCGGAGACGCUGCCGAGGAGGACGGGGACAGUGACGUGGACAGCGACAGAGAUGAAGACCGAGGGGAAGGAGACGAGGCCGAGCUUGUCAUCGAUAUCCCGAAUGAGUGAGGGGGUGUGUCCGUGCCGGUGAGAGGAGGGUCAGAGACAGCACAUUCAUUAUUUUUGCGAGAAAAUUGUAAGAGGUCAUAAUGUAAUGAAUCAUUUCCAGGCUUUCUUAAGGACUGUUCUGCCUCUGCUCUGGUCUGAUAUUUCAAUUGAGGAUACAAGUUAAAUGUGAACCAUUUUAUGGAGUCAUUUUCACACUUCUGGCUUCUUUCGAGGAGCGGUGACGCCGGGCGUGCCGUACACAAUAACAGGAAAUUCUCGCUUCUGUUCAGAAGCCCUUUUCUUUUGUAAAUCAUGUAUCCUGCCAUCUAACACAGCAGGGCAGCUCCAGGGUGUGUAUGCGUUUGAUAAGUCUGCACCGGUGUGUGGUGUGUGAAGAUAAGUUCUUUUAAACGUACCACAAGUUUGGCCUCAAUAAAGCAACCCGUUUGUUAAUACAUGGGUAAAAUGUGUACUGUUUUUUUGGGGGGGAAGAGUUGCCUGCACGGUUUAUUUU